GAUGAGGAAUAAUGUAAAAAAUAAAAAAUAAAACGACAUUUUUCUCGAAUAUUAUAUUUUAAACACAAAGGUCGAAAAAUAAAGGUUGAGCUGUUGUGCAUUUUAAAUCCACUAGAAGGUGCUAGAGAGCUAGAAAGAUCUCAAAAGUUACACAAUUCAACACAUGAAUAAUUUAAUUUUUAACAAAUUAUGGAGGGAAUGUAACGUAAACAUUUACAUAUUUUAGUUAUUUGAUUAAAAAUAGGCAAAUAAUCACUGAUUAAAACGUUACAAGUGUUAUAAUUGUUUUAGUGUUGAUUUAAUUAUCUCAUUCUUCAGUUUUACAAAAUUUGUCUUAUUUGUUAGCUUAAGUAAUUAGAAUCUCUCAACGGAUUUCAGACUAUAAUAGAAAAAAAAGUUUUAUAGUCAAAGUGCUAUGCAGAAUUAAUUAUUGUAUUUAUUCCAGCUUUAUUUCAACCAUCAUAAACAUUCAUAGUCCUUUGACAGAUUAUGUAUUUGUUGGACUCUGACACUGUUGACCUUUGAUAGAAAGGUAAAUGUAAGGUAUGACAAUUUAAAAAUUUAAAAUGAAGAAGAUUCAUAUGAUUUUGUCUGCUGUUUAAUUAGGAAUAUUUUUCCUGACAGAGCAUCUUAUCAAUUUUCAGGUGCAUAUUUGUACAUCAAAAAGUACAAAAUCCAACAUUUAAUUUAAAUCCAUUUAUUCAUUCUUUUGAAAAAUCCCCAGUGCCCUAUUUGUUGUUAAUCUUGUGUGUCUAUUAUCUUCAGGUUAUUCUGCUAAAAGAUCCUCUAAUGACCCUUUUUCAGUUUUCUAAUACAGUCUAACAGGGUAUUAUUCAAAAUGUGUAGAUUUUGAAAGAGUCGUGCUUAAAUGAUUUUAAACACGGAUCCUAGGGGUUUUUUUGAAACAGGCCCACAGCAUAAUAGAUCUUUCACUGUACUUGAGGUACUUUUCUGCAUAUCCUUUGAUUCUUCAAAAUAUCACCUUGGUUUACCAAACAGUUGUUUCACAUUUGUAAUGGUAGGACAGAAGAGACUUUUUUUUCUGGCAUUCUUGCCAGAAAAAAAAUCUAGCAUAUGGAUUAUUUUCAAGACUUGGUUACUCAAAAAAUGUCUCUGAAAGACCUCAUUUUGUAGCUUUCUCCUGACAAUAUUAUGUUUUCUUUUUACCUCCCUUUCCAUCCUACUCACUGGUGGCUACUAGAUAACCAUAUUCAAGUUCAGUAACCAGAUCUUUAAAGAAAGUUGAUUUUUCAUCUUUGAAUUCAUACCCUGGAAAAAGAAAAACUUGUGAACUACUAAUUAAAAUCUCCUAGACAGUCUGAUUGAAAUACAAAAACCUAUCUGAGAAACAAUUCAGUCCCUGAGGACUGAUGAUUGCCAUAGGUUCAUUUUCAAAGGAAACUUUAGGAGCGAGCUGUGUUUACAGUGAAGCAAUUAAACUAUUUGAUCAUAUCUGAUUCAAGUCUUCUCUUGGAUGACUCAGAUAUUAUUGUAUCACAUUGCAUCUUCUAGUAGGUCUAUCUUUAGCUGGUACCAUGAUCAUAUGAGUAAGUACACUCACAGAGCCCCAAGGAAUUGUCUACAUUCUGAUAGUUGUAGCAACAAAGUCCAUCUCAUAUUAGAGCAGAAAGUAAAGACUCAUCAGGGUAAGGUAAAAUAUUUAAUUCGCUGGCUGGGAUAAAUAAAGUCCAAUUAAACCUUAGUUUCUUGACAGUGAAGCCCUUGUUGUCCUCCCUCUCUCCUUUAUUGGUUGUACGUUUGCUGUCUACUGGACCUCCCAACCCACCUCAGACCUUUCGUUUUACCCUUUUCCCUGUAGUUGUCUCCUCCUGUCAGAGCUUGGCAAAGAUCGCCUUGUUUGAAAGAGAAUAUGUCUCUUGGACAGGGCCAAACACCAAAUUAGAGUGCUUAGUCUGUGUAUCAUCUUAUGUGUGACACUUGCAGCAGUACAGGUUCAUUUUUCCUGCUCUCCUUCUCCUGGACGGUUGCAAAGUGAUGUCUCAUCGCAAGUUCCACGCCCCACGCCAUGGGCACAUGGGGUUCCUGCCCCACAGGCGCAGCAAGAAGCACAGGGGCUGGGUCCGCACAUGGCCCAAAGACGACCCCAGCCACCCCGUCCACCUCACUGCCUUCCUGGGAUAUAAAGCUGGCAUGACCCACACUCUGAGGGAGGUGGACCGCCCUGGCCUAAAUGCGACUGCUGCCCAUAAAGCAGAAGAAGGCUCACAUCAUGGAGGUGCAGCUGAAUGGAGGCAGAGCCGCAGAUAAAGUGGACUGGGCCAAGGAGCACUUGGAGAAAGCUGUGCCCAUUUCUGCAGUGUUUUACCAGGAUGAGAUGAUUGAUGUCGUUGGAGUCACCAAAGGUCAUGGCUUCAAAGGAGUUACAAGUUGCUGGCACACAAAGAAGCUUCCCAGAAAGACCCAGAAGGGGCUGAGAAAGGUGGCCUGCAUUGGUGCCUGGCAUCCUGCAUGUGUGGCCUUCACUAAAGCUCGGGCCAGUCAGAAAGGCUAUCAGCACCGCGCUGAGAUCAACAAGAAGAUAUUUCAUAUUGGCAGAGGCGUUCACAUCCAGGAUGGAAAGGUGGUGCGAAACAGUGCCUCCACCAGCUACGACCUCAGACAGAAAACCAUCACUCCAAUGGGGGGUUUUCCUCGCUACGGUGAAGUAAAUAAUGAUUUUGUCAUGGUGAAAGGUUGCAUUGUUGGUGCUAAAAAAAUGGUCCUCACCCUCAGAAAGUCCUUGCUCACGCUCACGUCACGCAGGGCUAAGGAGACCAUUGAGCUCAAAUUCAUCGACACCACUUCCAAAUUCAGCCAUGGGCGCUUCCAAACGGCCCAAGAGAAGAGAGUUUUUAUGGGGCCACUGAAAAAAGAUCCUCUAAAGACAAUGCCGCAACCUCUGUCAGAGGAGGCCUGAAAGAAUGGCUUCUGAUAAUCUACUUUCAGAACAAUAAAUAUAUUUUACUUAUUCA